CAUUAUUUCUAGAUUUUUUCCCCUUAAAUUGUUUAACUGGUAACUUUUCUCAUUCAAAAUUGGAUUGUGGUUCGAGCCAAAAUUGAUUUGAGCUAUGAUUCCACAAAUAUUAUGAUUAUGAUGUUAGACAACAAAAAUGAAAAAAGAAAAAUAAAAAUAAAGGGGAGUAUGCAUCACUGCAUCAGCAUCAGCAUCACGCCUUGUGAAGAAAAGUUCCUAAGAUGUCACUGACAGUGCAAAUGUAUAUAAAUAUAUAAUGGAAGGGCGUUAAUGUUUAGUGUUGUAACUGUUGUUACAUAGAUAGAGAUAUUCAAGAGAGAGAAAAUGGAAGGAGAAAUUGGUUUGUGGAAUUACAUACACACACGUGGUGUGGUGAAGGCGAUGGAAACGCCCGCCAAUCCGUUGGAUUCACUUCCAUUUCCAGUUUGUAGGGGUGAGGGCUCUUUUCAUCGAUGGUGAAGGAGACGGAAUACUAUGAUGUGCUGGGUGUAAGCCCCACCGCCACUGAGGCCGAGAUUAAGAAAGCAUAUUACGUUAAGGCAAGGCAGGUUCAUCCAGAUAAAAACCCGAAUGAUCCUUUGGCUGCACGGAACUUUCAGAUAUUGGGAGAGGCAUAUCAAGUGCUGAGUGAUCCUGCCCAAAGACAAAAAUACGAUGCUCAUGGGAAGGCUGGAAUCUCAGCAGACUCAAUUAUUGAUCCUGCAGCAAUCUUCGCCAUGCUUUUUGGAAGUGAGCUUUUUGAGGAAUACAUUGGCAAGCUCGCCAUGGCAUCUAUUGCUUCGUUGGAUGUUUUUACAGAGACUGAAAACGUUGAUGCAAAAAUGUUGCAGGAGAAGUUGCGGACUGUCCAGAAAGAGAGAGAAGAGAAGUUGGCUGUUAUACUUAGAGAUCGACUCAACGUGUAUGUCCAAGGUAAUAAAGAAGAAUUUAUUGCUCAUGCUGAGGCCGAAGUAACGAAGCUUUCCAAUGCUGCAUAUGGUGUGGAUAUGCUGAGUACCAUUGGCUAUAUAUAUGCAAGACAGGCGGCAAAAGAGCUUGGAAAGAAGGUGAUCUACUUGGGCGUGCCUUUUGUUGCUGAGUGGUUCAGAAAUAAAGGACACUUCAUCAAAUCCCAAGUAACUGCUGCCACAGGUGCAAUUGCCUUGAUUCAGCUGCAAGAAGAUAUGAAAAAACAGCUGAAUGCUGAAGGAAAUUACACUGAGGCUGAACUUGAGGAAUACAUGCAAUCGCACAGGAAGUUGAUGAUCGAUUCCCUAUGGAAGCUAAACGUGGCUGAUAUUGAAGGCACACUCUCCCGUGUUUGUCAGAUGGUUCUACAAGACAACAAUGCAAAGAAAGAGGAACUGUGUCUAAGGGCAAAGGCUUUGAAAACCCUGGGCAAAAUUUUCCAGAGGGUGAAGGCAGUAAAUGGAAAUGAAACUGAAAAUAUACCAAAUAUUCCAAUCAUCAAAGCGAGUCCAAAUGAGGCAAGCAGCAAUAACGCAGAGAAGCCGUCCACGAAUGUGAAUAUUCCAGUGGCAUCGGGUGCUCAGGGUCAGGGACAAUGAUUAACGUAUUUAUUUUGGAAUUCUAAAGUUUUGUUAAUUUUUAUCUAUCUACUUAAUUAGUUGUGGGUCAUUUCUUGAUUGAGCUUUUUUGUGUAUAGUAUAGACAGAUGAUAUAGAAUCGUGUAUAGUGGCUUUAUGCAUCAAAUCCAAAAUACUUGUGUUGAGCACGAGCGAUUCUGAUUAACUUGUGUAACUGCUUUCUAAUGGUAUGUGAUAUUACAACAGGUAGUUUAUUGGAGUUUAAAGUUAGACGAAA